UCACAUGAUAUAUUUGUUACCGGUACAUACAUAUAUAUAUCAACGUGAAGAUAUUUUUUAUUUCAUUGUUUGUGGUCCUUUGUCACUACUCUGUGGGUGCGUGCGACGUUGUAUAUGUGGGCACGCAUGUUUUUACGUCGCUUCUUCCUUUUUACGUAAAUAUGAUACAUACGUGACAGUCACAACCGGCCAAUAUGCUGUCGAUAAAGGAAAACUAAGUCGCCUAUUGCGCAGAAUAAGUUUGGCUAGCAUUGGAGAGGUUGUAGAAUAGGGAACCUCUUGAUGGUAUCUAUUGUGCAAAAAGAUAAGAGCAAGUGAAGUGGACGGUGCAGUCAUUUUAAAAAAUGGCAGGCAAUGGUUCUUGUUCUGUUGCCUCCGACUUUGAAGGGAAGUCUUUCUCCAUGGAUCCUUCAUACAGACCAAAGAAGUUAAAGACAACCGACACGGAAGUGAAGAGCACUGAUCUAAACUACAGGCGUGAAUCGAGAGUUCUUGUCCUGUACACAGGUGGAACGAUUGGCAUGCGUAUUCACGACGGAGUUUAUACCCCAGAACCAAACUUUCUUGUGAAUGAGUUAAGGAAAUUAUCAAUAUUCCACGACCAGGAGUACUUAGAUAAACACAGUAUCUGUUAUGGAGGUCAAACACCAACCCCAUGGAUGCAGUCACCAUUGUGUAUGCCUUUAAGCAAAGAAAAGAAAAAUGUGAUAUACUGUGUGUAUGAGUAUGAGCCCCUGCUGGAUUCCUGCAAUAUGACCAUGGAUGACUGGGCUAGGAUUGCCUCAGACAUUAAGACUUACUAUGAGGAUUUUGAUGGGUUUGUUAUACUUCAUGGGACAGAUACUAUGGCCUACACAGCAUCAGCUUUGUCUUUCAUGUUUGAGAACCUGGGAAAACCUAUCAUUCUUACUGGCUCGCAGAUUCCCAUCUUUGAGAUUCGUAGUGACGGCAGAGAUAAUCUUCUUGGUGCUCUCAUAAUGGCUGGAAACUACUGCAUUCCAGAGGUGAUGAUAUUUUUCAACAAUAAGCUUCUUCGAGGAAACCGUUCAAUCAAAUUUGAUAGUAGCAGUUUUGAUGCGUUCCAUUCCCCAAACUUUCCUCCCCUUGCUGUUUUAGAGACCAAGAUUCAUGUGCAUUGGGAUGAGAUUUUUACAAGCAACACCACUCAAAAAUGUACCCUGUAUACUAACCUUUGUCCUAGCGUGGGAUUACUCCGCCUUUUUCCCAGUGUCACCACUGCUACGGUUCGCCAGUUUUUGGCACCUCCACUCAAGGGAAUGGUCCUGGAAUCCUACGGGGCUGGAAAUGCUCCAGAUUCCAGAGAGGACUUAAUGCAAGUGUUCUCAGAGGCCACAAAAAGAGGAGUGCUGCUGCUUAACACCACCCAGUGUCACAGAGGCUCUGUUAACCCAAGUUAUGCCACAGGAAAGGCUUUGACUGAUGCAGGUGUGAUCCCAGGCUCUGACAUGACACCUGAGGCAGCACUGACCAAGCUGGCCUUUGUAAUAGGAAGAGAAGACUGGAGUUUAGAGCAAAAGAGGAAGAAGUUAUCCCAGAACAUUCGUGGUGAAUUGAAAACUGCAAGGACAGAGAGCUUGGUGUCAGAUUUCAAACUUAUUGACAGUUUAGGCAAGCUGAUGAAAAUUAGCUCCAAAGAAGAAAUGCAAACACUGAAGGAUGCCAUAUUUCCAUCAUUGAUGUGCACUGCAGCCCAAAAUGGGGAUCUGGCUGUACUCCAAAAAAUUAGAAAAGCGGGAGGUCACAUAGGCAUGGUGGACUACAGUGGCAGGAGUCCUCUUCACAUUGCCUGUGGGAAAGGUCACUUCCACAUUGUCCAGUAUCUGCUGCAGCAUGGGGCACCUGUCCAUGUUAGGGACAACAAUGGACGGUCACCUUUGUACGAAGUGGUCAAGUUGAAACAUCUUGAUAUCAUUCGCCUGCUGGUUCAGACUGGAGCUCAUUUGGUUCUACCCCCAUAUAAAUUGGGGUCAGAGUUAUGCAUGUCUGCAGCUCAAGAUGAUGUGGAUUCCCUCAAAGCUUGGGCUUUAUCUGGUGCAAAUCUAAGCCAGAGCGACUAUGACGGAAGAACUGCACUACAUGUUGCAGCUUCUCAUGGACAUCAGGAUUCAGUGGAGUUUUUGUUAGAACAAGGGGUGAGUGUCACGGCAGAAGAUAGGUUUGGAUAUACUCCUCUCAAGGAGGCAACUGCUAAAGGGCACAGAGAAAUCUCCAAGCUGAUCAGCGACUCUGUGAAGCCAACUGUUGGCACAAGCACUUCCACUGACACUUAACUUAUUUAUUGUCCUGUAUGAAUAUAAUAUAAAAUAUGAAAACACUUAACUGUGUACUGUAUUUUAAUUAUUUUCAUUAUUUGCACUGUUUUGGUAUUUUGACUAUUUGAUGAAAGUGGAUAUUGUGCUACAGUAUAAGAUCACUAGUCCCAAGAGACUUUUUUUCUUAUCUUAUAUAUGUUUAAGAUACACUGCGUGUUUAAGAGUUUUCCAUAUUCAUACUUACUAUGUCUACAGGCCCUGCAGAGCUACUGCUUUUUCACAAUUCAGACCUUAAAAACUGAAAUAUAUAAGGGAAGACACAGUCUUCUAAAUGACUGGCUGGCCAUUUAGAACUAUAACAAUUAAUCAAAAUGGAAUAUAAAUAUGUACGUAGGACAAAAUAGGAAAAUUCAUUUUGACUGGUAAAACUCGUAUAGAGUGCCUUUAAUAUCAUCUUGUCAAGUUGGAAAAGCACAUAUAUAUCACUUCUAUUAUGACUGUGUAGCAUCUUUUUACAUACCAGACUGUUUUGUGUUAGUGUGAUCAAAAACUGAACUUUCAUAAUAUGAUUGAUGUGAUGAGAUAUAAUCUCAGUAUGAUCAGUAUUAUCAGUGCACUUCAACAUAUACCUCAAACCACUCCAAUUCCAUUUUUUAAUCUUUUUGCAAAUUAUAUGUGUAAGUAAAUGUAUGAGCAUUAAAAAAUAUCUUUUAUUUAAUUUGACCUUCUUGAGGUACGUAUAUAUUGUUUUAUUCUUAAAUUAUAUGAAGGUGGUUUAAAGUAUGAAUCACAGAUUUCCUUAGGGGAAAUUAUAAGUUUCCAUAAAGUGUCACAAAAAAAAAAAAAAAAAAA